CGUUGAUCGCUCCGGUCAAACUAAAGCGGAGAGACACCGGACGGUCAACCGGUGAAACGCGGGACGGAGAGGCUUUAUUUACAGCCCUAUUCAGUAACUUUAACAAGUGAAGCUAUUAUAAAGAUAAGCGUUUUCAAUAACCUCCUCGCGUCACUAUAAUGAACCGCCUCAGAUAUUAACAGUGCGACGCUAAGCCGCUUUAAGUCGCGCGCGCAGGUGGAUGGAAAUAGCGCGAGCUCGGGCUGUGCUCCUGACAGAAAACUUUUGCGUCAAACAACGAAGAAUGAACAGCGAUGAUCUUAGAGCUUACCGGGGCUUUCAGCGUCCUUUUUCCUUUAAAGACAAAAAAUAAUGGGACGCAGGUCGAAGUUUUCAGGAGCGCUCAAAUAAUGGCUAAGAAGAAACGGGUUUUAACGGUCAGUUUUAUCAAAGGAUUCCCAGAUGACAGGUUAUUAUAGAGGCAGACAUGCCAGCCAACCUCACCAUCUCCAGCCACAGCACGAACUACAACUUCCCAGCUCUCAUAUUCGGGGUAUUAUUGAUCAUUAUCAUCAUAUGUGGGAACGUGCUGGUGUGUCUGAGCGUUUACACGGAGAAAGCGCUGAAAACCACAACUAACUACUUCAUUGUCAGCUUAGCUGUUGCUGAUUUGCUGCUGGCUGUUCUGGUAUUACCGCUGUUCGUGUAUACAGAGUUCCAGGAUGGAGUUUGGUCCCUUGAUAUGACCCUUUGUGAUGGACUGAUGACGAUGGACGUGAUGCUUUGCACCGCCUCCAUAUUUAACCUCUGUGCCAUCAGCAUAGACAGGUGGGUCUGA